GACUCGGUGAAGAGUCUCCAAAACAAAUCUGCCACGCCGUUUUGAGGAGGAAAACUGGGUUCAACGGCAUCAUUUCAGACUUGGGGACUCUUUCUAGCCGUCCAAACGCUUGCCUACUCUCGAAUUGAUGUAGCGUAUGUACAGAGUACGCGUCAGACUGGGGCAAACGCCCAAGUCUUGGUACCAACCAGGACGACCUCUGACGAGUGACCAGCCAGGGUUUUCGACUCACUCAUUCACUCACCAACUCAUUCGCUCACACGCACGACGAGGCCCCCCCCCCAAACGCUCCAGCUUUGCGAUCCACCGCAAUGAUGAAAUGGGUGUGUGUGUGAUGGGGGUUUUGUGUGCAAGUCGAUGAAGCCCGCUCAUGGUCGAGUUCCCACGAACCAAGGUUCUUUAUUAAAGACGUUAGUCCGUCCCGCCUCUCGCUGCCAUUCUCACGAUGCUCUCGAAACGGUAGACCACACUGCUUAAUACUCGCCCUCCCCCAGCCCUGCUGCCCUCUCAUCAACCAAGCCACUCGCAACUACCGGCCGCUGUACGAUAUGGCGCCGUUGCAGAGUCGCCUCCUCGUGGGCUGCGGCCUCCUCUCCGCCGCCUUCGCCGCCGAAAACGUGCUGUCCCUGACGCUCUCCGAAGAGGCCCCCAAUAACGUCUCGACAACCGUCGACCCCUCCUUCGCCGGAUUCGGCAUCGAGCUCGACCACCUCUACUACUUCAUGGGCGACGAGACACCAAACGACCUGUCCAUCAACCUGCUCAACAACUUGGCCAACUUCACCGGCCGGCCACCGUACGUGCGGCUGGGAGGAAACACGCAAGACUACGUCAUCUAUGAUGACUCGCAAGACGAAUGGCUCGUCAAGCCGAACCCGCGGCCGGCCGCGUCGGGGAGCGUGCCAGCCGAUAACUUCAUCAUCGGCCCCCGCUUCAUGGAAAUCGCCAACCGGAUGCCCAAGGGCACGCCCAUCACCUGGGGCCUGAACCUGGGAUACGACGAGCCCGACUACCUCGACCAGCUCACCACCAUGGCCUCCCAGAUCAUCGACCGAUGCACGAACCUCAACCUCAUGUCCUUCGAGUUCGGGAACGAGCCGGACCUGUACGGCGACAACGGCUUCCGGUCCGGGGGCUCGUGGUCCGGGUCCGAGUACACAAAGGAAUGGCGGGAGCGCGCCGACGCCGUCUGGGCGGAGGUCCUCGAGCCCCGCGGCCUGCACAGCAACUUCUUCGAGGCCUCGGCGUCGACGGCCUGGGUCGCCGGCACGGGCUUCGAGAUCAAGGACCUCGUGGGCUACGGCAUCGACGACAAGGCCAACAACUCGGACGUCGGCUACAUCACGAGCUGGAACCAGCACAACUACUACUAUUUUGUCGGAUCCUUCCCCUACCCUCUGACGCUCGACUACAUGAUGCGGUUCGACACGACAAAGGCCCAGUUCGACUCGGCCAUCGAGGCCCAGAUCGACCAGGCCGAGCAGACGACGCACCCGUUCGCGCUGCGCGAGAUGUCCGUCGUCGGCCCCCUCGGCGUCGAGGGCCUCAGCGACACCUUCGCCUCGGCCCUAUGGACCCUCAACUUCCUCCUCUACGCCACCACGAUCAACAUCUCGUCCGUCCAGUUCCACAUGACGUACGACAGCAACGCCAGCGCCUGGCAGCCGACGGCCAUGUUCGGCCGCGACCGCUUCGUCCGGCCGCUCUACUACGGCAUGGCCGCCUUCGCCCAGACCAUCGGCCGCUCGUGCAAGGCCCGCGUCGCGCAGGCCGAGAUCGCCGACUACCCGGCCGGCUACAACGAGUACGUCAAGGCCUGGUCCGUCUACCAAGGGGACGCGCUCGCCUCCCUCGUCGUCCUCAACGGCAAGGUCGCCAACGUGUCCGAGUCUGCCAAGGGCAGCAUCACCGUCGACGUGACGCUGCCCUCCUCCCUCGCCGGCGAGACGCUGCACCUGUCCUACCUGACGAGCGACGGCGCCGACGCCACGAGCGGCACGACGUGGAACGGCAUCAGCUUCGAGCAGGGCAACGACGGCACGCUGACACAGGUCUCGGACGAGGACGUCACCGUCGAGGUGGGCAGCGACGGAAGGGCGAGCAUCCCCGUCCGCGACUCCGAGGCCGUCGUCGCCACUAUCGGCGGCCGGGUCGGCAGUGGGGAGCCCGACGAGGCGGCGUGCGGCGCGCUCGCCACGUCGUCGCAGGGCGUCGGUUCGCUGACGAGCUCCACGCCGGGGUCCUCGGGGGACCCGAGCAACAACGCCUCGUCGGAUGGCGGGAGCGGCGACGGGGACGGUGAUGAUUCGGGCGCCGCGGCGCUGUUCGGGAAGAGCAUUUACACUUGCAUUGCGUGGAGUUUGGCACUUAGCAUUGGCGUCUUUUACUUGUAGACUUGUUUGGUGAUGGGAACAUGAUGAUACCUAGC